UGGACUUUGUUGACUUCAAUGUGUGGACAUUAAUUAAAUUGUGAAUUAAUUAUUAUUUUAUCGAUUAAUUUGCGAUGGAGAAUGCCGAAGAAGUAUUACAAAGUCUGGACUCGUUCUCAAAAUUGAGGCCAAAGAAUAUACCACGAGAACUAGAAGAAUAUUUAUGUUUUGUGGCGCGCACAGGUGAUCCAGUUUUCCACUGGUCGAUUAUUAAGAGUCUAUUCCGCGAAAAACUUUUACACGUAUUGACCGAAUUCCACGAUAGCAGCCCGGGAUUAGAUUUACCUCCUUGUCCGAAUGUUGACCCUUUUAAUUAUGAUACAAUGAAAAAUUGUUUAUUGGAAAGAAUAGACUCGUUUUCGUCGGCCCCUUUUACUGUGCAGAGGAUAUGUGAAUUACUUACAUGUCCACGCAAGCAAUAUAGUAGAAUAGAUAAAUAUAUGAGAGCCAUUGAGAAGAACAUUUUAGUCGUAAGCACAAGGGAGCCAGGAAAUCGAGAACCCGAGAGUGGGGAUCCUUUAGAAGCAGUUUUGAAUGGUGAUGGUUUCGAUAUGCAUAUUGAAAUUGAAAUGGAUGGCAAUUUAGCAGGUAAAGAUGAGUCCACAACGCCUGCACCUAGAAAUGACACCUCGUAUAUGUUGAGCAACGAUUACCGUUGCAUUACAACUCCAGAAAUAGCAACAAAUUGUACUAAUGAAGUCGAUAAACACUCAGAUACCUCAGUUGAACAUCACCCAGAGAUAAACGGUACCAGUGCAGAUAGUUCUAAAAUAGAAUCAGAUUUGAGUAAAGAGGAAACUGAACAAAAUCUACAAGAACUGCAGACUUCAUACAUAAAUGCAAAAAGCCCUAAGAUUAGUGAAGAAGAAAGUAUACCUGAAGAAACUAAUAUUGAACCUGUUGAAUCUACAUCAGAUAAUAUUUCACAAACACCAUCAGAAACAUUUUUGCCAGACAAUAAACCAGAGGAAAAUACUGAUAACUCUGAGACAGAUUCUAAUUCAACCGAAAACUCUAUUACGAGUCAAACCAACCUGGCGGUUGAAGAAAACAAUCUAGUUUCAUCUGAUGCAGAAAGUAGUAAUGAUGAAGUACCAUUUUUAAAUGUUCUGGAACCUGUUAAUGAUAUCCAACCCACUGAAAUACUUUGUGAUAAUGAUUUCCAAGAAGUUCUGAAAAGUGAUUAUACACAAAUAAGUUUAAAUGAAAAUAUAUUAAAGGAAAAACAGCCAGAGGAGAUGGAUAAAUUAUUUCAGAUUGUUUGUGAUACAGUACCUGAGGCGGCAACUGAGGUUCUAGAAACAGAAAAAUCUCUGCAACCAGUAGAAGAGUCCCAAGAACAAAUUGAAAACGAGGUUAGCCAAUCUUCCGAAAUUAUUGAACAAGCAACAGAAUCUACACAGAUUUUAGCACACUCUCCAGAAAAAAUAGUUGAAGAAGAAGAAACAAUCCGCCCUGAUGACAGAGCCAUUGCACUGGCUCCUGAGGUUGCAUCUGAACCAGGGACUGAAAUCGAACAAAUGGUAGCUGAUGUAGAGAAUAAUUUCAUCUCUGAGAUAAAAUGUGAUGAUAAUAUUGAACAGAAUCAGGUUGAGUCCAUGGAUGUACCUGAAUCGGCCAUGGAAUGUGAAGAUACCCCAGCGGCAUCAGAACCUAUGGACCAAUAGACUUUUACCAUAUUUUGAAAUUGUGAUCAGUUAUAGUUUUCUUCUUUCUAAUAAUUUUUAUUUCAUGUGUGUUUUGUAUGGUGAUUCAGUGAAUGUUGACAGAAUUGUAAUUCAACUUUUUUAUGUUUUAAUUUAUUAUGAGGAAAUUUUAUUUCCAAUUAUAUUUAACAGUUACUGUAUUCAUUAUUUCAUAAAUAGACUAGUAGGAUAAAAA